CAAAAUCUAAAAAUACUGAUCAUCUUGAUAGAAAUCAUGAAAUACUUGUCAUAAUGUUGUAGUAACCUUCCAAGCUAUGGACAAGUUGAACCUCGAUUCAGCUCCUGGUGAACUACUAAAGCCUCGACUAAUUAUCCAGGAUGAAUCAGACUGUCCAUUGCUUACUCCAAGCUCCUCAGUGACCCAAGAUGAGACCCCCAGCAGCGAGCAAUCAUCGUUGUUCAUAAACCAGCUGAUAAAUGACAACAAGGACAUCUUGAUCCAGUCAGGAGACGUUACUUCAGUGCCAGCUGUGUUGAGCAGCUUGAAUUCCGAAAGCGGGAUCAAAGCUUUCAUGAACAGCGUCGUCAACAGUAACAACAAUAAAAUGAACGAUGAGUCCAGCUCCAGGGAUCCAAUGGUUGAGUCCUCCAGUAACAGCACCUGCAGUGAGCAGAGUCUCAAUAAGGAACCAGUUUGCACUCAAUUGUUGACGCAGUUAAAUACAGCGUACCAACAUUUGGCACCUGAUGCUCAAGCUAUUUUUUGCAGUCAAGAAAAUGGCGGCAAGCCGCCACUUGUUGGGGGGAACGCCAUUCAGUUGGUAAUGCCGAAGACUCCCAAAGAUUAUGAAUUCACACGCUGGAAUUGGGUCAGAAUUCGGCAAUUUUGUUUUUGGCUUAUGAUCUGCUUGCUGAGUGUUUCUACUACUUUCGCAAUCAGGGGAAUUGUUUUGAUGCCUCGCAGAUGUGACCCGACAACAGAAUGGUGGCAAGGAAAGCUGUUCUACGAAAUAUUCCCAGCUUCCUUCCAAGAUUCCUCAAAAAUAGGCGACGGAAUUGGCGACCUCCAGGGUAUCAGCUCGCGAAUCAACUACUUGAAGUCUCUGGGCGUAAAAGCAGUUCGCCUGAAUUCAAUUUUUCCAUCAGAGCACUACCCGGAGCACUACUCGAGCAUCCAAAGCUUGAUUUCCAUCGACGAGAACCUGGGCCGUGCUACAGACUUCGACGAGCUCCUGCAGAAUCUCCAUCGCAGUGGCAUCAAACUAAUUCUGGACGUUCCAGUGCGUUACAUUCCAGUUCCUGAAACACUGAAGCAAAAGCGUGAGGUGGAAAAUUCAACGGGUUCAAAAAUUGUAACUCCAAACUUCCAGCGCUACGUCGCUAGUCCAGACAACCAGGUCAACGUGAUCUACCAGGUGACUGCAGCUCUGAAAUUCUGGCGCUCGAAGAACGUCGACGGGUUUUACCUCAAGGACCUGGAGCACCACGUUAACAACAACUCCAACAUUGUUGACGUUCUGAACCUCUGGAGAGACCUUAUGGAGGGUGAUAGGAUCCUCAUGUGCCACUGGAAGGUCCUGGAGGCUGCUAAGAGCGAAGAUGUCAAGAAAGCUUUGAUCCAAAGCAUGAACCUGGUGGAUUUUACCCUCAACUUCGGGAACGGGACUCUGGAGCUCAAGAAGCAGGUGGAUCAAGUCAUCAGCAGCAGAAUCUUCCAGGGACUCAAUGAUGAAGAGAUCCAAAGUCGGCCCUGGAUGCACUGGUCCACUGGAGGCGUUGACAGGCGGCUUAUUGAUGGUUUGGUGGUUAAAAAUGCCAGUUGUGCAGCUCUUGUCUUUUCUAUGAUGCUUCCUGGGACUCCUAGUAUCUUCUACGGUGACGAGAUUGGAAUGGGUGACUGCGCUUGUGAAGAUCACAAAGACCUUGAGCACUUGCAUAAUUUGUCCCCGAUGCCUUGGCAAGUUGUUCUCAACAAUAAAUCCGAAGGAUUCUCGACGAAUCUCGUGAUUCCGUGGUUACCAGCUUCGAAUAUUUUCGCUGGAGAUAGCAACAUGGAUUUACUGAAGAGCAUGAUUAGAUUAAGGGAGUCCACUGCGCCGAUUUAUAGUGACACUGCGAAAAGACAUGAACAGUUUGGAGUUAAUUGUGAAAUCAAGUACGCUCGCGAUGAGCUGAUAAUAAUUGAGCGUUGGUAUACUCGGCAAAACACCUACAUAUAUCUUGGGAACUUCGGGAACACCACACACAAAAAAGACUUUUCUUCUUUCUUCUACGAGGGUACUAUUGUCGUAGGUCCUGUCAAGAAAGUUAAUCAAACUAUUCACUUCAAGGAGUUUGAGAUUGCUCCUGGAGAAGCUUUUGUUAUUAGACUUGAGAAAUAAAUUUAUUUUUGAAGCUA